GCGAUACGGAUAGGGCCAUCGCGAGUCACGAGUCGCACCUCCGAUCAGUAUGCACCGUAAGUGGAGUCAAUAUCGGGUUCGGGCCUUAGCCCAUCGUUACUGCAGCAUCAAAACGGGGCAGGACCAGAUGCCCGGGCCCGUCUUGUCCCCACUAUACCGAUUAUCACAUGCUCGGCCCGCCGGCUACCUUCCGUAGUUGCCGGUGCCCCAAAGCCCGGGCCCGUACCCCGGUAAUCGGCACCAAACCCUGCCCCAUACCCGCAACGGACCCGGAAGAAACAGUAGAAUGCCGCGCCAUCCAUCGGAAGGGUAUAGCAGAGUUUGGCAAUUUCUCGGUCAUUGUUAGAAAAACAGCCGCAUACGAGAGGUGUUAUUGCAGUGGCCCAUAGUCCUGUCAGUUCCUGUUGCCAACUCCAUUCCACUUGGUUGCAACCUGUCAGAUUUUAGAAAGCACCAUUGCCUUGUACAAUUAAGAUCAUGCCAUUUUGGCUUGAC